UUAUAGCAUAAUUGUUCUCAAUCUCCAGGAUUUGGGGAUUCAAGAAGUCACGUGUGGUGCGUGUCUUCUUGAUACGUGUGGAAUGCAUUCAUAGUGUUUUUCUAUUGAAAACAGGGACGGUUUUGUGGAUGAACAACCAGUUGAGCCUCAGGUCAACAAAGGCGCAGCUCAGGUGUGUUCUUCAUCUCCUCCCUUCUGAAUCACUUUCCAAGAAAGCCGAAUCACUUUCCAAGAAAGCCGUCGGUCUUUGCGAACAGGGAAGCGGAAGUGUGGAAGGCGAAUAAAAGGAGAAAACUCUGCAGAAGUUCAUCUGACGCACUGAACCAGACAUGGCUGAGAAUGUGGACGCAAAAAUAGUGAUAAUAGGCUGCGGGAUAGCGGGGAUCGCAGCGGCUCACAGGCUGGUUAAAUCUGGGUUCACUAAUGUCCGGAUACUUGAAGCGACUGGAAGAAGCGGAGGACGAGUUAAAACUGGCAGACUGGGUAAUACCAUGAUAGAAAUUGGCGCAGCUUUUAUCCACGGUCCAUCUGAAGAGAACCCAGUGUUUUGUUUGGCCCGUGACUAUAACCUCCUGGAUCCUAAAGCCCUCACGCCAGAGAAUCAAGCCGUGGACGUUGGUGAAAGUCCUCCUCUGGUUCCCAACUGGUUUACCAGUUCAGGUCAGAAGGUGAAUCCUGACGACAUGGAUCCUGCGCUGGACUUGAUUGAUGUAGUCUUGGAAAAUACUCCACAGUCCAAGAGUCACAAACAACGAUCCUGGCCGAGUGUUGGAGAUUUUGUGAGAUCUGAGGUUCGAAGGCGAACAGCAAAGAGGUGGAAAGAUAAAGAUAAACACACCAGGCAGCUGCUGCUGGGUGCCAUCAGUACUAUGCUGAAGGAGGAAUGUUGUUCAAGUGCUACUCACUCACUGGAGGACUUAGAUCUGGUUGGAUUUUCUAUGUACCUGAGUAUAAAAGGAGUGGACUGCACAUUCCCAAGUGGUUCUCAGGGCUUAAUCAGCAACUUGAUGUCAGAGCUCCCCGCCGACUUGGUGUCGUACAGUCGGCCUGUACGCUGCGUUCACUGGGGCUCCAGUGAGAGUGAAGUGAACGCUGUGACGGUGGAGUGUGAGGACGGGGAAAAGAUUAAUGCUGAUCAUGUCAUCGUCACCGUGUCUCUAGGAUACCUGAAGAAACACCACUCUACACUGUUCUCCCCUCCUCUUCCUGCCCAGAAGCUGACGUCCAUUGAGAAAAUAGGAUUUGGAACAUGUGACAAAAUCCAUGUUGAGUUUGAAUCCCGCUGGUGGGAUGCUGACUGUGAGAUCAUUUAUCUGCUGUGGGAUGAUGAGGAGGAUAUUUCAGACCAUGUGUCAGAUAUAAGCAAAAACUGGGUUAGGAAGAUCUCAUCAUUUAAUGUGUUGGAAUCCUCUGAAAGGGGAAGCCAUGUUCUCUGCGGUUGGAUUUCUGGACAUGAGGCGGAGCACAUGGAAACGCUUCCUGAGCAGGAAGUUAGGCGUUCGAUUACAGAGCUCAUCCAUAGAUUCACAGGAGACCUUACCAUCACACCUAAGAGAAUUGAGUGUACCCGGUGGUUUCAUGAUCCCUGGACGUUGGGAUCCUACUGCCACCCAGCAAUCGGUUGCUCAGCGCAGAAUUUUAAGAACAUGAUGGAGCCCUUGCCAACGAGAGGAAAGCAGCAGCCCCUGCAGGUGAUGUUUGCUGGAGAGGCCACUCAUCCGUGCUACUACUCAACCCUCCAUGGAGCACUUCUUUCUGGCUGGAGGGAAGCCGACAGACUCAUCUCUCACUACUCUUAAUCCAGUCCCCUUUCAUCCAGACCAGAAAAGUUAAAAAUUAAACCCUCCUCAGCGUGAAAAUAUAAUUGCUGUCCUUCUAAUCAGGUGACACCAGCUAUGGAACAUCUUUAUCAUUGAACAAAGAAUGUGUAAGCUGUUUCUCAGAACACAUUAAACUCCUGAGUCGUCAUAAAUGUAUGCUUUUAUAAGUGACUGUUAAGAUAGCUGGAAACUCUGGCGCAAGGUACACAAACUGUAGAUACAGAAAGGGGAUCAGCAGAGGCAAAGUCAAAAACAGGCAGUUAAUUAACCUGAAAUAUAUGCAGCAAGUAAUAAAUACUCUAAUUGUGGAUUCAGUGGAUGAAUUUGGGGUUUGUGGGUCAAAUGAUAUGAGACUAUUGUAGUUAUUUUUUAGUUUCUGUACCCAUUUUUCUCUGGCAGGGAAAGAGUACAAUGUAUCCGAGGUGGAAGGUAAAAAAAAAAAAAAAAAAAGAUAGAGCUCCAGAUAGGUUUUCACUGUGUCCAAGUUUGCAAACACCAAAGUUGGACUUGAGAGAAGAGCCUGACGUCAUCCAUGCUUGCUACGGGGAAAACAACAAGCGACAUCACAAUCUGGACGUGGUUGAACAUAAAAAGAACCCAAAUGUUUUCUUCAUACCUACAUCUAAUGUUAUGGGAAAAUUGACAAAAUUGGGGUCAUUGUUAAUGCCAUGCUUUUGGAACCAUUCAGUUAAAUAAAUUUGCAGACUGACUAACCUGGAUAUACUA